ACGCGUGUUUGGCCUUCUUUAAUAGAUCUCAGCGAUGAAUGUCGCGUGGUCAGCUGUUGUACGCUUUGGGAUUAGCUUAGGCAACGAUACGGCGAAGCCAGGGUUAGCAAGGCAUCAACCUGACGGCGUCGAUAUCUUCAACAGAUUUUGAGCAUGAUUCGUGGGCAGCUUAUCAAAUUCGUAUGCGCCCAAAACCAUGACGAUGUGUGGAAUGCAGCGUUGAGCGUUUAGGAGAGAAAGUGCAAGUUGAGAAUGUCCCAAGGUUGCGUCACCAGGCUUAGUCAUUGGGCCCACUAACCGAAACGAGAGGCGGGCAAAUUAUCGCACACCAUCCUCAGCAACAUGUCUUCGAUAAAAUCGCUUACGUCGUUCAAGCUUGACCUGCCUCCUAGUUGUAUUGAGUUCUUCCCGCUAAAUCCUCAAUAUGCGAUAGUCGGCACGUACAACCUCGAAAAAGAGGAUGAGAAGGAAUCUGCGGGUAGUGCUCCGCACGAUGGAAAAGUGAGCGCCAAAAAUCAGCAGCGUAAUGGCAGUCUGAUAUUGGUACAAGUUGAUGGUGACAUCGUUAACAUCAUCCAAACCCUAUCUACGCCAUCAGCUAUCCUGGACAUCCAUUUCUUGACACAUGUUACUAGCUCCAACUUUGGUGUUGCGACAUCCACGGGGGCUUUUGCCAUCUAUGAGCUCCAGUCAUGGCAGCGAGACCCCAAGAUCGCCCACAUCAAGACCAUCCAGUACUUUCCAGAAAAUAUUCUCAUCACCGCUUUUACCUGGCACCCGGAAUCCUUCAUGGUCGGUAUGACGCUUUCGAAUGGGCAGGUGUGUCUCGGCGUAAUAGAUACGGAAGACGAAUCUGAUGCGCCGACGAAGAUGGAGGUCGCUUCACAUGACCUGGAAGCCUGGACUCUCGCUUUCCUACCGGAUGGCUCGGGCCUGCUGUCUGGCGGAGACGACAGCGCCCUUCGUUUUGCUGAGCUGUCGGACGGCUCUGGAGGAAGCGUACCUUGGAUGGAUGGGAAGAUACAUGAUGCUGGCGUCACUGCUAUCCUCCCAGUGCAUCUUGAUAGUGAGGGUGGCUUGAUAGUGACCGGCAGCUACGAUGAUCAUAUCCGGCUUCUUCAUGUACCCAUCUCUGGCCGUCUUCAGGUUCUUGUGGAAGCCAAUCUCGGUGGUGGCGUAUGGCGGCUAAAGCUGUUGGACCGAAACCCCAAGCUGCCAGCGCAUCACGGCGUAGAGAAGUGGAGAUCAGAGCCACCGCCAGAAGCUAUCCUACUGCUUGUCAGUUGUAUGCAUGCUGGCACCAGGAUUGUAAGGCUUACCAAGAGCGCUUCCAAGGAUUGGCAAAUUGAAGUGCUGGCCAAGUUCGAGGAGCAUGAGAGCAUGAACUACGGUAGCGACUCUCAACCAGAUCUCAACAGUCAAGGCCAACGGACGUUCAUAUCUACGAGCUUCUAUGAUCGGCUACUGUGUCUUUGGAGAUAUUAGUCGCCAGCAACAGGUAGUCAGACUCCAAGGAUAAGUAAACACACCAAAGAUUACGCGUGGAACAAGCUGACUAUAUUUGGGAUGAUAUAUUUAUUAAGAAGUAGCAUACAAGUCGAAGAACAUUGCCUAAAAGAAACCUGACUAGUAGAAUCCAUGCGAACAGGAAACCUAUGCCUGACAACCCUCGCUGCUAAAACUCAAUUCGGCCCACA